ACAAACAUUUGAUUACCUACUGAACACGUGGACGGCUGGUGGAGUAAACCUGCAGUUACAGUAAGAACGAGGAAACUGCAGCGGGCGUAUUGGUCCAUACUGGGCAGUCCCAUUUACACCCGACCCCUAUUGCUUAUAUAUCCAUCCAACCUAUGUUUGAAGCUAUCCAGCGUAUUGGGAAACAGAAGCAGAUGUCACAGAAAAAGAAGUUGAAUAAACUGCCCAAGAUGGCAAAAAAAAUGAAAAAAGAUGAUGCAGUUGGACUAACCUCUGAAUUUCCUGUUGUAGAAGAAACUUUCAAGCCAAAAGUCAAGAUACCUCUAACCAAAAAAGCAAACAAUAUUUUAGUAACACAGAAAAUGAAUAGCCCUUUAAUAGGCAAAAGGAGUUCUGUGAAUCUGAAAAGUAAACAAGAUAUAUUUGGGCUAAAGAAAAUGGACAGUAUCACUGUAAGCUUCUGUAACAAAUUAACCCCACAAAAGGGCGGUGUGUGUACGCUAAGGAACAUCGUUGUUUACUGCAGAAGUAAAACUUCAGCUGAAAAGUUAAAAGUUGAUCUGCAAAAUUUCAAUUCAGAGCAUGGGUCAACAUUCAACAUUUAUUCCAAAUUCAACACUAAGCGUUUCAUAUUAUAUGUGACUGGCUUAGCAUCAACUGUGACUGACAAAGACCUUAUGAACUCUUUUGUCAAAGCCAAAAGUGUCCACAUAGCACAAACUUAUAAAGGAAACAAGCCAUUCAGAAUUGGCCACAUAUUUUUUACUAAUGAAGAUGACGUUGAUGAAGAAUUGGCUGUGAAAAACCGUCGUAUCAAUGAUGCAUAUGUCCAUGUUACAAAAGAUAGUUCUACAAUCCGAAAGAGACCACUUGCCCAAGGUGUAGACAGUUCACCUGCAAAAAGAGCAAAACUUGAUGUAGAGAAGAAAAAAGGGGGUGAUGAAGAAGACAGUGAUGAGGAAGAGAACAGUGAUGAUGACGAGAACAAUGAUGAUGAAGAGGACAGUGAUGAUGAAGAGGACAGUGAUGAUGAAGAGGACAGUGAUGAUGAAGAGGACAAUGAUGAUGAAGAGGAUAGUGAUGGUGAAGAAGACAGUGAUGAUGAAGAGGACAAUGAUGAUGAAGAGGAUAAGGAUGUUUAAGAGGAUGUUGGUGAGUGGGAAUUUGUGCUGAAGAAGUAGAUGAUGAAGAGGACAAUGAAAAAUGUUGACCAAGAUGUUGAGGCUAAAACUGAAAAAGGAAAAGUGAAAGAUGACAUUGAGGAGUUGAUAAUGAGAUAAGAAAGGUAAAGGAAGAGAAGAGUGAAAUGGAUGAAAACAAAAUUAAUAUGAGGUUCUGUUGCAUUGUUUUGACAUACUGGUGGACCCAGAACCUCAGUGACUUGAGGGACGAAAAAAUAAGAAUAAAAAUAAAACAAAAAUAAAAAGGGAAAAGGUUAUAUUAAUCUACACCACAAAGAUGCUGAAGUCUUUAAAUGUACCCAAACCACCAAAUGCAUUAAAGUGAAUGAUGGUCAGAAUAACAAUAAAUGCGAAAUACAUGU